AUGUCAUGCUUCACGCGCGGAUACGUUGUCAAGAAAUUCGGCCUAGACGAUCUCUUCAUCGCCAUCGCCGUUACCCUCGGAGCUGCACAGACAGUCACCAUCAUAUUACAAAUCGAGCAUGGCCAGGGACGACAUGCAUCAGAGCUUCACGUGGAGCAAUUCGACGAGAUGCUCAUGUACCAAUGGAUCAAUAUGCUCAUCUACUUUGUCGCAAAUUGGGCGGUCAAGAUGAGCAUCUUAUCUCUGUACUACCGAAUCGGCUAUGGAAAACAGGGCCUGCCAUGGAUCGUGCAGUCACCUGCUGUAUGGACAGCGGCCGGCUUUAUGACUGCCUUUAGUUUCUCCGUCUUCCUUGCUCAAUUGUUCAUCUGUACACCAGUAUCACGUGUCUGGGAUAUCGAAGCCCAACCCGAUGGAUGCAUUAAUGCUGCCAUGUUCAUGGUCAUUUCGGGUGCCAUCAAUGUCGUCACUGAUAUUGUCUUGUUGAUCUUCCCAUUGCCUUUGAUAUGGGUGAUCAAAUUCAACAAGAGACAAAGGAGAUACCGCGGGAGUUGGGGAGAAAAGAACCUGGUCAGCAUGGACGACGAGGACGAUAUCGAGAAAUCGCCAUGGGACUUUGCAUUACCCGAAGAGAAGAAUGGCGCAUUCGAUUUCGAUGUGGAGAGGAGAUUGACCGUUACGGAGAUUGAAAUGGGAAAGGCUAUGGAUAUGGGGAAUAGUUACUUCGAUGAUACCGCGUCGGAGGUCGAGGAGAGAGAAUCGGCAGUUCUCAUCUCAUGUUAG